AAGUAAUUCAACCAAGAUGGCAGCGUCCUUGAAAGGCAUGUUUUGAUUACAGUUGAGUGUCAAACACGCUGAACAGAUGCAAAUUUACGGGCUGCAGGACUUUCAGGAGAAGAUUUUGAGAGCGGAGCAUGGAGAGACGAGAGUUCGUCGCGUCCCUGGUGGCAGGAGGCUGCGCGGGGAUGUGUGUCGAUCUGACCCUCUUCCCCCUGGACACCAUUAAGACAAGACUGCAGAGUCAGCAGGGCUUCUACAAGGCAGGGGGCUUUAGGGGCAUCUACGCUGGAGUCCCAUCUGCUGCUGUCGGCUCCUUCCCUAAUGCCGCUGCUUUCUUCGUCACCUACGACUUCACAAAGUCCCUGCUUGGCGCUGGCAGAGUACUAGCAGCACCACACGUGGCACCUGUCACUCACAUGCUGGCCGCCUCGCUGGGAGAAAUAGUGGCUUGUCUGAUCCGGGUGCCCACAGAGGUGGUCAAGCAGAGGACUCAGGCUUCUCCCUCAUCCACUACCUACCACAUGCUGGUGUCUACACUCAGAGAAGAGGGUGUCCGAGGCUUGUACAGAGGAUACGGGAGUACCGUUCUCAGAGAGAUCCCAUUUUCGCUGGUGCAGUUUCCACUUUGGGAGUAUUUAAAGACUCUGUGGUCAUGGAGGCAAGGUCACACGCUCUACUCUUGGCAAGCUGCAGUGUGCGGAGCUUUUGCAGGUGCAGUAGCGGCAUUUGUUACCACUCCUCUUGACGUGGCAAAGACCAGGAUCAUGCUCGCAAAGGCCGGGUCGACCACUGCGAGCGGCAACAUCCCACUGGUGCUCUACGACGUGUGGAAGAGCCGAGGCAUUACAGGUCUGUUUGCGGGCAGCGUACCGAGGGUGACUUUCAUCAGUGUGGGCGGUUUCAUCUUUCUGGGAGCCUACGAGAAGAUCCGCCGCACGUUGCUAUAGCAGCACGUCCUCAGUGACUGUCCUGAGCCCUGACCUGUUGGAGGAGCAGCGGGAGGGGGAGAAGGAGCACCCUCGUUCCCCCGGUGGCCCUCCAUGCACCUCCACACUGCUGGCCCCCUCCUCAAGAAGCAAGAUCCACCUGGUGCUUGGAGGAAGAGUCAUCCGCGGGGCUGAUCGCAUUACCCAGUGUGCUGCAUUCCUGCUCAUCAGUGCCCUGCGGUAGUUGAGUUGAGCAGCCUGAGCUCACACUGUAACAGCACCAGCGGUUUGGUGAAAUUAAGCCUCACACAGGACUAGCAAUGCAGCAUCUUUACUGUUUAAUGUGUGUGUGACAGACUUAUGGUAUUAAAGACCGUUUCUUUUUAUGCUUUGAGUGUUUGGUGAAUCCUUAGGCUCCCCAUACAGGUUCCUCUACAUAGUUUUAUGAUCAUUUUCAGUGUUUUAUCAAUAUAUUUUUUCUCUCUGCUAAGCCAGGCCACCUGUGAUAAAGACCCACCUGGGAGAGCCGCAGUAAUAUCUCACUAUUGUUACAUUCCUGCUGGAGCACAACUGAGCUCAUCCACCUGCAAGAGCUUUCAUUUUAUACUUAAGAUGCCUACAACAAUAGAACACUUUGUUAAAUUCACAAGGCUUUAGUUUUAUUGGGAGUCUCAGGAGUCUUGCAUUAGUUUUUGCUUUAGUUUGGGUUUUUAUCUAUCUAUGUGUUUAUUGUGAAAUGUUUUUAUUAGGGGACUGGAAAAGGAUAUUUAGUGUUGCUAAUCUUUUACAAAACCUCCCCAUUCGUCCUACAUGAAGUGAAAUUAAUUAAAUGGGUGAUUUACA